UUCAACCACGCACCCACUUCACAAACCAGCUUUUAUUUUGGCAUCAACUGGUUGCUUAUCUUGUCACAGAUCAAGGUAAGAAGCCAUGGGAGAGGUUGAUCCUGUUUUCAUCCAAGAACCAGAGCACAGGCCAAAACUCUCCAUCACCGAAGCCAAAGGCAUACCAUCAAUUGAUCUCUAUCCUAUAACAUCACAAGAUUACAUAUCUGACACCAAAGCCAUUGAAGGGGUUGUUAAAGAAAUAGGCAAUGCAUGCAAGGAGUGGGGGUUCUUCCAAGUGAUCAACCAUGGGGUGCCAUUGGAGAAACUUGAAAGGAUUCAGGCUGCUGCUAGGAAGUUCUUUGCUCAGCCUUUGGAGGAUAAGAGGAAGAUCAGGAGAGAUGAAAGAAACGCAUUGGGAUACUUUGACACCGAGAGCACUAAGAAUAUCCGAGACUGGAAGGAGGUGUUUGAUUUCACAAUGGAAGAGACUACUUUAGUCCCAGCUUCACCUGACCCCAAUGACAAGGAAGAGGCAACCUGGACUAACCAAUGGCCUAACUAUCCUGCGGAAUUAAGGGAGGUCUGUAAAGAAUACACUCAGGAAGUGGACAAGCUAGCCCUAAAGUUGUUAGGACUAAUAGCCAAGAGCCUAGGCUUGCCAGAACACAGGUUCCACAGCUACUUCAAAGACCAAAGCACUCGUAUUAGACUCAAUCACUAUUCUCCUUGCCCUUCCCCUCAGUUAGCUCUUGGUGUUGGUCGCCACAAGGAUGGCGGUGCUUUAACCGUGCUGGCUCAAGAUGAGGUUGGUGGAUUGGAAGUGAAGAGAAAGACAGAUGGAGAGUGGAUUCGGGUUACACCUACACCAAACGCCUAUAUCAUUAAUGUCGGUGAUAUUAUGCAGGUUUGGAGCAAUGAAAGAUAUGAGAGUGUUGAGCAUAGGGUGAUGGUGAACUCAGAGAGGGAAAGGUUUUCUAUUCCUUUCUUCUUCAAUCCAGCACACUACACACUGGUGAAGCCUGUGGAGGAGCUGAUCGAUGAACAAAACCCUGCCAAGUACAAACCCUACAGCUGGGGAAAGUUUAUGACUCAUAGAAGACUCAGUAAUUUCAAGAAGCUCGGUGUGGACAACAUCCAAAUAUAUGAUUUUAAGUUGUAGACUGAUAAUUAUAUUUAUAUUUUCAGCAUCCUGUGCAUACCAUGCGGUAUAUGAAAUCUAGAAAAUAGUGUCUUUAUGUGCAAGGCAGUAAGAAACUUUGAAAGCAUGGUCUGCUUUGUGUGUGAGUGGCAAUAAAAUGGUGUACAAAGCCAUUACUUUGCUGAAAGCUU